AUGGCUCUACCAACUUCUCCUACCAAUUUCUUUCUCCUCCUAAUUCUUCUUGUCUCUCUAUUUCACACGCCCACUUUUGCACUGAAAAAAAAGUCAUAUGUGGUUUACUUAGGAAGCCAUUCACAUGAUUCAGAAUUGUCUUCAGUUGAAUUCAACCGUGUAACAGAUUCUCACUAUGAGUUUCUAGGAUCUUUCUUGGAAAGCUCUGAUGCAGCAAAAGAGUCUAUAUUUUACUCCUACACAAGACAUAUCAAUGGUUUUGCCGCAACUUUGGAAGAACAAGUAGCAGCUCAGAUAGCAAAACAUCCAAAUGUGUUGUCAGUGUUUGAGAACAAUGGAAGAAAACUACACACAACUCGUUCAUGGGGAUUCAUGGGAUUAGAAGAUGAUUAUGGAGUCAUAACAUCCAACUCAAUAUGGAACAAAGCAAGAUUUGGUGAAGGUGUCAUCAUAGCGAACCUUGAUACAGGUGUUUGGCCUGAAUCAAAGAGCUUUAGUGAUCAAGGGUUUGGACCAAUUCCAUCUAAGUGGAGAGGAAUCUGUGAAAAAGGUUCUGAUCUUGCUUUCCACUGCAACAGGAAACUAAUUGGGGCAAGGUAUUUCAACAAAGGCUAUGCUUCUAGGCUAUCUACCCCGCUUAACUCGUCCUCUAACACGCCUCGCGACAACGAAGGCCAUGGAUCGCAUACAUUAUCAACAGCCGGUGGAAACAUGGUACCUGGUGUAAGUGUCUUCGGUCAAGGGUAUGGAACAGCAAAGGGUGGUUCACCGAAAGCAAGAGUUGCGUCGUACAAAGUUUGUUGGCCUCCGGUCAAUGGUGACGAGUGCUUUGAUGCAGAUAUACUUGCGGCUUUUGAUAUGGCUAUUCAUGACCGUGUUGAUGUUUUGUCUUUGUCACUUGGUGGAUCUGCUUCUACAUUUUUCAAUGAUAGUGUUGCUAUUGGAUCUUUCCAUGCUGCUAAGAAAGGUAUUGUUGUUGUUUGUUCUGCUGGCAAUAGCGGACCAAAUGAGGCUACCGUAGAAAAUCUAGCUCCUUGGUAUAUUACGGUUGGUGCUAGCACGAUGGAUAGAGAAUUCCCUAGUUAUGUUGUUCUUGGUAACAAUUUAACCUUAAAAGGAGAAAGCUUAUCAGCUACAAGAUUAGAACACAAAUUCUAUCCAAUUAUUAAAUCAACCGACGCUAAAUUGGCAAGUGCAACAAAUGAAGAUGCUGUGCUUUGCCAGAAUGGAACUCUGGAUCCUAACAAGGUGAAGGGCAAGAUAGUACUUUGCCUGAGAGGAAUAAAUGCAAGAGUGGACAAAGGAGAACAAGCUCUUCAAGCUGGUGCUGUGGGAAUGGUCCUUGCCAAUGAUAUCAUUACUGGAAAUGAAAUCAUAGCUGAUCCUCAUGUUCUUCCUGCAUCUCACAUAAAUUUCUCCGAUGGAUUAAAAGUCUUUAAUUACGUCAACUCAUCAAAGUCUCCAGUGGCUUAUAUUGCACAUCCAACAACAAAAUUGCAUACUAAGCCAGCCCCUUUCAUGGCGGCAUUUUCCUCCAAAGGACCAAAUACUAUGGUGCCUGAAAUUCUAAAGCCUGAUAUCACUGCACCAGGAGUGUCAGUUAUAGCCGCCUACACUGAAGCGGAAGGUCCGACUAACCAAGUGUUUGACUAUCGUCGGAUUAAAUUUAACUCAAUCUCCGGCACGUCAAUGUCAUGCCCUCACAUUUCAGGCAUUGCAGGCCUAUUGAAAGCCUUGUACCCUUCUUGGAGUUCCGCUGCUAUUAAAUCAGCUAUCAUGACCACAGCUACAACAUUAGACAACGAGGCAGAGCCACUUCUGAAUGCAUCCUUCAUCCAAGCAACACCGUUUAGCUAUGGAGCGGGACAUGUUCAACCGAACAAAGCAAUGGAUCCUGGGCUUGUUUAUGACACAACAAUGAAUGAUUACUUCAAUCUCUUAUGUUCUUUAGGCUAUAAUGAAACACAAAGGUCAAUAUUUUCAAAUGCUACUUACUAUUGUCAUAAGAAUUUCAGUCUCCUCAACUUAAACUACCCUUCAAUCACUGUCCCGAAUCUCUCUGGGUCAGUGACAGUUAAAAGGACGUUAAAAAAUGUUGGUGCUCCCGCAACAUACAUCGUUCAUGUUCAAAAUCCAAAUGGAAUAACUGUUUCUGUGAAACCGAGCAUAUUGGAGUUCAAACAUGUUGGUGAAGAAAAGAGGUUUGUGGUAAGAUUGAAGGUGAAGAAAGGAAAAGCAUCAAAGAGUUAUGUGUUUGGGAAGAUGACUUGGUCAGAUGGGAAGCACUAUGUUAAGAGUCCCUUAGUUGUGAAAGCUAUUUAG